GGGAGAGAUUGAAAGACCAAUACAGCCGCGGAUGAAGCAAUAGAAAUCUAGGGUUCCGAUUAUGACGGAGCCGGAAUCAAUCGCCGCAUCGAUUAACCAAAUCGACGUGAAGAAGCAAAAACUGAAGAAAGCUUUCGAUGAACUCCAAGCUCACGGAUCUCUUCUUUCACCAUCUUUUAACCUCUCAUGGUCUGAGAUUGACUCUCACUUUUCUUCUCUCCAGUCUUCACUGUUGGACCGCUUCCGUCUCCUCCAAUCAGUCGCGCCUAAUCCAAAUUCCGAUAAAAUCGAAGCCUCAACGGCGGAUACGACGGAGACACAAGUCCUUUGGCCGGAAUUGAGAAAGAUUUGUGAGAAGAACGACGGAUUAGGUUUGGUGAAGUACAUGAUUGAUAAUUCGAAGAAGCGGUUAACGAUCAAUCCAGAGCUUCCUGGUGCGAUUCGAUGCUCCGAGAAUCCAUCAGCUUUGAUUCUUGACGCGAUCGAAGGUUCUUAUCAUUGCUCUUCCCCGUCGUUGUCUUCUUCAGCGAGAGCCAUCGAUUUGAGAAGGAUCUUUGUUUUGUUAUUGGAAGCUUUGAUAGAGAUCAAUGCGAACCUUACGAGUGAUUCGAGAGAAAGAGCUAGGACUCUUGCUUAUGAUUGGAAAUCUAAUAUAGGUAACAAACCAUCAGAAGCGUUGGCGUUUUUGCAUUUGGUUGCAGCUUUUGAAUUGGGGUCUCUGUUUAGUAAUGCGGAGCUUUGUGAUUACGUUUUCUUGAUCUCUAAGUAUAAACAAGCAACAACGAUCUGUAGGAAGAUUGGCUUAGAUAGGAAAAAAAUCGCAGAGCUGAUUAAGAAGUUUUUGCAUACUGGGAGAUUACUUGUUGCUAUCAAGUUCAUUUAUGAGAAUGAGAUGACUGAUGAAUUCCAACCAGUUCCGAUUUUGAAAACUAGUUUGAAGAACUCUAGAGAAGCUGCUAAGAGAGUUUGCGCUGAAGGGAAUUACUCUCUCAAGGCACAGAACGAAGCGACUGAUAAAGAGCUAAGUGCAUUGAGAGCAGUGAUCAAGGUUGUCAAAGAGAAAAGCCUUGAAUCCGAGUUUGUUGAAGAGAAACUCGAAGACUGCGUUAAGGAGUUGGAAGAUCAGAAAGCUCAGAGGAGGCGUGCCACUAAGUUCACCCCACCUACUAAUACCCAACAAGCAAAACAAAAGGUCGAUAAUAAGCGUCCUCGAGUUGCUAAUGGUGCAACUACAGCAUACAAUUUGACAGUCCCACAUCUAAGUCAGCAACAACAACAGCCAAUUUUGCCUAAUCCUAGCCACAGUGUGCAAGUGAACCCAUAUGGUAUGUUGAGCUCAAUGCGACCUGGUGUUGCUGUCCCAUAUGGCAACCCAAUGGCGCUAUUUGGCUCGGUUCCGGUUCCAGGUCCAGCUUCUCAACCUGUCUACUUUGAGCAUCAAACUGGGUACGGUGGACAUGGGUUGCCACCUCAAUACCACCACCCACCUUACUAUCAUCAGUAGCAUCUCCGUUGGUAAGAUUUAUUACACGAACUCAAGCGAUACUGAGAGGAUUUCUGGUUGAAGAGAUCUAUACUCUUAUGUCUAUUGAUGUUCUUUGCUGAACAUCUUCCACAAAGUUCGACAUAGAUAACACUUAUAUAGUCGCAAAAUUGAUCUUUGCCUUGAUUGUACAGUGUUAUAAUCUAACCUGAGCCACACCACUUGUUUAUUAGAUUAGUUUUCUUGUGGAGGAAUGAAUGGUCUUUUAUGAAUUGAUCUUACAUCUCCAAUUCUUGAUUUGGUCAGUAAUCAUCCAAGAUUUCCCCCCUUUA